AUGCAGGGGCGAGUAGGGGAUGGACCGGGAGGAGCCGGCGCGAUCUUCGUUGGGGGGUUGCUUACUGUACCGGCGCCGACCUCUCGUCGCUCUUUCCGUUACGAUGGCCCUCGACCCCCUCUUUCGGGGCAGACGCCGACGCAGCCGGAGAGCGGCAGUGAGGAGGAGGAUGAGGAGGAGGAUGGUGAGGGCGAGAAGGAGGAGGACACUGAGGGGAGCGGGGAUGAUAGCGAGGCGGCGUGGGACCCAGAGACGCAUGGCGGUGGGGAGGGGGGAGAUGAUGAUGAUGAAGACCACGAGAUGGAUGGGUUGGAGCCAGAGGGGCGGGAGGAGGAGGUGGGAGAGGGUGGUGGAAGGGCGGCAACAGAGGCGGGAUCACAGCAUGUGCGUGAAGGGGGAGGGAGCGUGGGGGUUAAGGUGGGGGGGAGAAAGGCCGUGACCAUUAGGGAGCCGAGGCAGAGGAAGAAGGCCAACAAGUUGAGGGAGCGGGCGUAUCCCUGCACGUUCACUGGGGAGCCCUUGGGCGAGGGUGUGAUUGCUCCCGAGUUCCUAGACGAGGACGGAGGGUCUGAGAGUAGUAAGGGGACUGGCAAGGGUAAUAGGAAGACGGGGUGGCAAUUUCGUGAGCUACUCAUCCUGCUAAACCGCAACUGCGCGCAGAAGAACUUCAUCCCCUCGCGCUGGACGGUUUCCCGCGAUACAGUGGUCUAUGCGGCUGCCGCUCUUCAGUCAGCCAUUGCGGAGAUGCUGGCGAAGGAGGGGGAGCUGGGGUGCAGGGUGUCGUUCACCAUCAUCGACAUGUGGACGUCGCCCAACAACAGGGCGUGGCUAGUGGUAACAGGUCACUUGAUCGACGAGAAUUACCAGCUGCGCACAAUGGUGUUUGAAUUCCGCAAGAUUCUCGGGCGUCACACGGGCAAGCAGAUGGCGAGGGUGGUUGAGGAGACUGUGGUGCAGUGGGGGUUGGAGACGCGUUCUAUGUUCGGAAAGACGCAGCUAGGACGCUGCGUCCUGCGUCCGGACGCUGCGUCCGGACGCUAG